AUUGGCUUGCUCGGGAGGGAGGGGCAGGCCAGUAAGGCGCGCGGACCACGUGUCCAAAGCGGGCAAAACGGUGACUCAGUCCGGAACCUGUGAGGGUCUAGUGACGAAAGUGCGCAGAAGGCACCUGUUGGAGGGGUUGGCUGGACUCGAACCUGGUACCGCCGGGCCAUGGCAGCAGCCAGGGCUAGCCUGGGCCGGAUCCUCCCAGAGUCCUCCAUCCUGUUCCUGUGCGACAUGCAGGAGAAGUUCCGUCCCAGCAUAGCCUAUUUCCCUCAGAUUGUGUCGGUGGCCGCUCGGAUGCUCAAGGUGGCCCGGCUACUAGAUGUCCCUGUCUUGCUGACGGAGCAGUACCCACAAGGCCUGGGUCCCACAGUUCCAGAGCUGGGCGCUCAGGGCAUUAGGCCAGUGAGUAAGACGUGCUUCAGCAUGGUGCCCACCUUACAGAAGGAGCUGGAUGGCCGGCCGCAGCUGCGCUCGGUGUUGCUCUGUGGCAUUGAGACCCAAGUCUGCAUCUUGAACACGGCCCUGGAUCUCCUGGAGCGGGGACUGCAGGUCCAUUUGGUGGUGGAUGCCUGCUCUUCUCGAAGCCAGGUCGACCGGCUGGUGGCGAUGGCCCGCAUGAGGCAGAGCGGGGCUUUCCUCUCCACCAGCGAGGCACUCAUUCUGCAGCUUGUGAGGGACGCUGCCCACCCCCAGUUCAAGGAGAUCCAGAAGAUCAUUAAGGAGCCAGUCCCAGACAGUGGGCUGCUGGGCCUCUUCCAAGGCCAGCACCCCCUCUUGCUGAACUCCAGACCCUGACUUGAGGGAGGAAGCAUCCUUUCCCUCAUCUCUGAAUCCCAGGAGACCACGCUGAUGCCUGCCCAGUGGGAGGGGAGGGGUGGCUAUGCCUCCUGCUUGAACUACUGGACUUGGAAAUGCAGAUGAGACUUGGAGUGUGGAAGGGGUGGGGCUUGACUGAGGAGAGGUGGACGAGGGACUCAGCUCAGGUCCACCUCAUGAGAUGGAAAAGCCUCACAGACUGGGACCCCAGACUCCGAAUAAACGUUGAUGCGAUUGUG